GAGCGAAGAGAAUGUAGCAUGGCGACGACAGAGGCGUGGAGAGCACGUUGAAGCCACAAAACGGCGCUCCGAUUCAUAGCUUUCGCGACUUGGGUGCACGAUGGCUGCCAUUGCCGCCGCCCAGGUGAGAGAAGAGGGAGCUACGGGCCAGGCAAAGCACGUAUAUCACGGUGUGACAAUUUGUGCUGUCUGUGUGUGGUUUGUCAUUCGGUUUGGUGCAGAUGAGCGCGGUGAUACGGGCACAGCUGCUGCCUCAGGUAGAAGGCUAUCGGAUGAAGCAGGCUCAGGUAUCAGCCAAACAACACACAUACCAACUCGUCCAUUCAAUGCAGUGCAUCCAAAGCUCACCGGCUGUCUUAUGUGUGUGUGUGUGGUGUGCGUGUGCAGGUCAAUAGCUGCAUCGACCAACUUCUGCAGAUGGACACCGCUGCUUCGAUGGCACUACUGGUGCGGCAGGCUGCCAAACACACCACAAAUGCCUCUGUGUGUCUGUGGAGUCCACUUUGCUUGGCGUUGCUCUCGUCGUGUUGAUUCAUUCGUCAGAUGGUGGCCAAGGUGAGUCGUCAAUUUGCUGCUGUGUCCGAGCUGCUGGCCGAGUUGGCAGAGACCAUCAACUCGACCAUCGCACUCACAAGACAUCGUCGCACACAGGUGAGUGAGUGAGUGAGUGAGUGAGUGAGUGACCACAGGCACGCACAAACACAAGACCCACACUGAUGUGGUGUCCACCUCUUAUGUGCUGUGUGCAUGUCCUUCUUUCUGUGUGCAAUCAGGCGCGCCGGUUGCACAUCUCCGACAUUCCCGCCAACCCCAUGAGCAUCAUCCUGGCACUGUCUGACCUCACCACUAUCGCCCACCUCAAGUCGACUACCCGACCCAUCGAAAAUGCCCUCCGGCCCAUCGUCCGCCGCUUUCGGCUGCCGAAGGCCAUCGAGCGGGCGGGGCUGGUCGGUGUGGUGGAGUUCGACGAUCAGCUGAGCCACGGCGAUGUGAUGAAGGCCAUGUGGGUGGUGGAGGAGGGGGGCGAGGGCGGCUGGCGGGAGGUGGGCGACACGCUGAGACUCUCGGAGCACUGCGGCAAUUGCCAGCUGCCGGUCACUGUGGGUGCUGGAGACCUGCAGACACACGCCACCAAGGCGGUAAACACGACAUAACAGAAGAGGCAAUGGGCGAGCUGCUGGAUGUGUGUUUGGAUGCAGGAUUUCUUGUCGCUGCCCCGUUUCUGUACGCAAUGGAUGCUCGUCGGCCGCUAUGUCGCCCUCCACCGCCCUACCGGCCAGCAAGACGGCAUACUCCAGCUGUUCCGUCACAACAACAACGAGCUCCGGAUCAUCCGAAACCAGCCCGGCUUCACCAUCACCAUCAACCCGCCCCUCCCCCUCCCCCUCCGCCCCGUCCAUCCCUUCUCGCAGCACCCCUUCGCCCACCACGCCAAGCCACACGACCCGCCCGUCCGCCACGGCAUUAUGUGGCAGCAUGGUGUGGGCUGGGGGACAUGUGGCAUCAACGACAGGGGCGUUAAUUCAUCGGCGAGUUCCAUGUUGAAGGAGGUGAUACUGGCUCACCGGCUGUUGACUGUGGGCGGCUUCACCGACUCGCCAACAGUGGUGGUGGUCCGGUAAGUCGAUGGAAGGCACGCAAUGGGAGGCCGAAUGGCCAUGUGGUGCGUUAUUGAUGUGUAUGUC